GGUGAAAUUGAUUAGUCACCAGUAGGUGAGGAGAACCUGUCCAUGCGAGGUUAAAACUUUUGACUUCAAACUUUUGUUAUUGCAUUUUAAGAUGAGCAGAACGGCACAGAUCUUUAAAGACAUGACGCUCAGCGCGGUGGUCCUGCUGCUGCUCUUCACCAAGCACUGCGUCGACGGAGCCUGCAGGGUGGAGGCGUGCACCGACCCCUCCAGGUGUCUUCUGUCCAAAGAUGAACGAAGCUGCAAAUGUGCGGUUGGAUUCUACGGCGAUCUCUGCGAUAAAGACGCGCACAUGACUAUUGCGUGCACGAAGGACUACAUCUCCGUGAGGGCAGUGGAGGAUUUCUUCAAGUAUCACAAAGUUCCAGCUGACUCUUUACACCUGCCCAACAUAUCGUGUCGCGCCCACAAGGAAGUCAUCGAUGACUUGACCUUCUACGUUGCCAAGAUCACCAAAGAUCAGUAUCUGCCCUGUGGAGGGAAGCCGCUGGAAAAAAACUUCACCCACAUCUCUUACUCCCUGAGCCUCCUGUCAGACCCUCAGGUGUUUGGGAAUAUCAUCAGAGAUCCCAUCAUCAAGCUGGAGUUUACCUGCGUCUACCCCUACAUCCGGAGGGUCAGUCUGCCUUUCCCGGUCGUCCCAUUUUCCAGUGAGACGGUGAUGCGGGUAGAUGACCUUGACGCCACCAUUCAGAUGAUGCUCUUCACUGAUGAGACCUACUCCUUAGCCUUCACCAGUGCCCCCACGAUUGAGCUCCGAGACAAGGUGUAUGUGGAGCUGACGGUGACGGAGCCUGCUGACUUCUUCCUGCUGCGUGUCAAUGAGUGCUGGGCCACACAGACCCCUGAGCCCAACGCCACAGAGGGAUCCUAUCACAGUCUGCUUCUCAACGGAUGUGUGAAUGAUCCUACAGUGUCCUUCCUCAAUGUGACCGUGGAUCAGUCUGGCUUGAACGGACAAAGUUCCUCCGUCCGCUACAGUUUUGAGAUGUUCCGUUUCACGACCGAACCUCAUGAGCUGUAUUUGCAUUGCACCGUGCAGCUCUGUGAGCCAGACGACCUCCUGGCCUGCACACCGGUCUGUCACACCAUCAGCAAGAGAGAAGCGGUGAGACCAAAUCCAGCUCAGGGUCUCCUGUCAUAUGGACCCAUCAAAAUUGAGAUGAAGGAGCAACUCAAGUCCGGCGUCCUGACCACGGUAGUGGUGUCUGUCACCACUGUCUGGACUGUGGGCUUCUUCCUCGUUCUCUUCAUCGUUGUAAUCAAGGCCGGCACCAGGAGGCUCAAUCUGCCCACUCACUACUGACCACCACGCUUACGCUGUUAAUUGCAC